AUGGCACGGAAAAGAUCGGUGAAAAAGUCGCUUGCAGAGAAGGAAAACCAAGAAGAAUCCUCAACAUUGAUACCCUCCGCGAAGAAUGAUGGACAAUUAGAAUUAAUGACAAAAGCGAAAAAAGCACUGAAUUCUAGAAAGCCUAGUCAGAAUUUUAUUACGCGUACGAUAUGGACACUGAUUAUGAUUGCGAUGUUUUUCUCAGUGUUAGCAAUGGGUCAUUUUUGGGUUGUUGUACUGGUUACCUUGAUUCAAAUUGGCGUUUAUAAGGAAGUGAUUGCGAUUGCAAGUGUUCCAAGUCGUGAAAAGGAUUUGCCUUGGACAAAGUUUGUCAACUGGUAUUUUUUAAUGACUACCUUGUAUUAUGCCUAUGGUGAAAGUAUAUUCACCUACUUUCACCAUUUAUUCGUGAAUGAUUCCUACGUGCUACCCUUUGUGUCCCAUCAUCGGUUUAUUUCCUUUAUGUUGUAUAUUAUUGGUUUUGUUUUAUUUGUCUCUUCACUACAAAAGGGCAAAUACAAAUUUCAAUUUUCUCAAUUUUGCUGGACACAUAUGACACUUAUUUUAGUUGUCGGACAGGCCCAUUUCAUUAUCAACAACAUUUUUGAAGGGCUUUUCUGGUUCUUUGUUCCUGUUUGCUAUGUCGUAUGUAACGAUGUCUUCGCUUACCUUUGUGGAAAAAUGUUUGGUAAGCAUCCUCUAAUCGAGGUAUCUCCUAAGAAAACAAUUGAAGGGUUUUUGGGUGGCUGGUUGUGCACAGUCGUUGUUGGUUCCUUGAUUACCUUCAUUUUGAUGCAAUUUGACUAUUUUAUUUGCCCUAGUAGAGACCUUUCCACCUCUGUCUUUACUGGCUUAACUUGCACACCCAACUCUGUUUUUGUACCACAUACUUACAAUGUACCAAAUACCUUGGUGCAAUACUUGCAUAUUCCCGAAGCAGUAACUUUUGCUCCCGUAUAUUUCCACUUGUCAGUCUUUGCUACCUUCUCAAGCCUUGUUGCACCUUUUGGUGGAUUCUUCGCUAGCGGCUUGAAGAGAGCUUUUAAAAUCAAAGAUUUUGGCGAUUCUAUUCCCGGUCAUGGUGGUUUGACGGAUCGCGUUGACUGCCAAUUUUUGAACGGUGUUUUUGUUUACAUGUAUUUUCAGUCUUUUAUUGCUGAAAAGAAUUCUUCCAGCGCAGAUAUUUUGGAUGCUGCUAUAACUACCUUAACAACACCUGAGCAGUUGCAGCUGUUAGAAGAUUUUCAGAACUAUUUGGUUGACCAGGGAAAAUCAACUGCCGAUGCUAUUUGCAAUAGGAUUCUCAAAGGAAAUCGUUAA